UUUGGUUUACUACAAAUCGAUUUCUAAAUAUAAAUUUUAAAACUCAGAUAAUGCAAAUGUAAUGAUGUAUUAAUUAAUUAUUUUCUUACAUGCCAACAUUUUAUAAUGUAAUAAUUAUGACAUAUGUAUAGACCUAUUACCAAAACUAGUUUAGCGGGAAAUUGACACCCCUCCGCCCUCUACUAAGAACUAGAAGACUUUAGACAAGUGUCAUGGUAGAGCAAGGGGUUUUGGAUAUUAUGUACCUCAACAAGAAUAACUCAAGUUCUGCAGCGUCCUCACCGGACAAAGAAAAGAAGAACUUUGACAACUUAAAAAUCAGCUUUACAGACGACUACCCUAAGAAAAAUGCGGAGAUCUUAAGUGGCCAGUAUGGAAUCAACUUGCUGCUUGUUGGUUUAUCGCUGAUGUUGGCGCUGUCUUACAGCGGCUCCGCUGUAAAGGAAGAACACCUGUUAUCUCUUCUCAUCUCCCUGAUGCUACUGCAGAUCACCUGGAUGCUCUGGUACAUCGUCAGGAAGGGCAGGCAAACAUGCUUUGUGUCUGAGAAAGAUUCUGAUGCUGGGACAAGCUGGUUAAGAGGUGGGCUAUCUUUGCUUGCACUUAUUUCAUUAAUUAUGGAUGCCUUCCGAAUAGGAUAUUACGUUGGGUAUAAAACGUGCUUGUCGCCAGCUGUCGGAGUUUAUCCUGUAAUCCAUGCGGUGCAUACAAUAUCACAGGUACAUUUUCUCUGGUUUCAUGUGAAGGAUGUGAUCAAGACCUUUGAGACUUUUGCAAGGUUUGGAGUGAUCCAUGCAGUCUUCACGAACUUGCUUUUAUGGUGUAAUGGAGUGAUAUCAGAAGCAAAACAUUUUUUAGAUACACACAAAAGAAGAUUGUUGGAUCUUGGCUAUACAAACAUAACAGUGGGUGAGGAGGAACCCUGCUGUAACUGUACCACCAACACUUGCUCCAUUUUCUCCCACGGUCUUUCCUACCUGUAUCCAUUCAACAUUGAAUAUCACAUCUUUGUCUCGGUUGUGCUUUUCGUUAUGUGGAAAAACAUUGGACAUACUACUGAAUACCAAAGAAACCAAAACGUUGUUAUGAGGACUAAUGGCCUUGUUGCAGGCCCCAUUCUGGGAACAAUUGCAUUAGCAAGUACCAUAGUGGUGCUGGUUCUAUAUAUUAUUAAGGUGGGAGAUUCAGCAGAAUCCAGAGAGUCAGCCGUAACUAUGUUUUAUUGUUACGGCAUUGUCAUGCUGCUAUUCAUGUGCUUGGCUGGCAGUGUUGGCCUGCUGAUCUUCCGAUCUGACAAUGUACCACUGGAUUAUUCCAAGAACCCCUCCAGAAAACUAGACGCUGACUUGCUGUUUGGCACAGCUAUUGGUUCUUGGCUCAUGUCCUGGUGCAGUAUCUUAGCAGUUAUAUCUAUAAAAUCCCGUCCAGUAUACGGAUGGAUAAACUUUAUGUACUCAUUACUAGUUAUAAUUGAGAAGUACAUUCAAAACCUCUUUAUUAUUGAAUCCCUUUAUCGGAAGCAGGAAACAAGCGAGAGGGAUGAGGUAGAGACUAUACCAGAGAUAUACUCUGUGUCAGCUGGCAGCAGUCUCUCACUCGCAUCUUCAUACAAUGGCAUUAUCAAUAGGGCAUUUGAGAAUCAGGAUAAAGUGUGUGUCUCUCUGGAGACUGAUCAAGAGGUUAAUAACCAAGGGUAUAGUCACACCAGGAGCCUCCCAGAAGGUUCCAUUUCACUGCACACAAGAAGAUUGGCAAAACCCAGCAAGAGGAGAAGAGUUCUCAAGAACAUUGCAGUAUUUUUGUUCCUCUGCAACAUCUCGUUGUGGAUUCUUCCAGCGUUUGGUUGUCGCCCCCAGUUUGAUAAUGGAAUCGAAGAAGAAACAUUUGGCUAUACAAUUUGGACCACAAUAGUCACAGUUGCAAUGCCCUUGAAUCUGUUUUAUCGCAUGCAUUCAGUUGCUUCACUUUUAGAUGUAUUCAGAAAAGUUUAAAAUGACGUAGAUAACUAAACUGGAAGUUAACUUAGUUAUAUAUUUUAUACUGUUAAAUAUUCACAGGUAUGUUAUUUUGUACCAUAAUAAUGUAUCUGUUUUUGAUGGAUAAUUGGAAUAGGAAACAUAUUUCUUACCUUAUCCUUUUGCUUUAUAUGUUAUGUUUUGUAAAACAUAAGGGGUGGCUAACUACAUAGAUAAUGCCAACAGAUUUGGAGACAUUUUGCUUUUUCUGUUUUACUGUAUUUCUGAUCAAUCAUUUUGAUGCUGUGAUAUAAGGUUGAUUUAGAACAAUUUGAAAAGUUUUAAUGCAAGAUUAAAAUCUGUUUCCUGUGUUCUUCUAAAAGAAUAGCAUUAUGAAAAAGUUAUUUAACUUCAACAUAUGGAAUAUAUUGGAUAUUUAGACUGUGCUAAAGUCUCUUUAGAGACACGUGGUGGGGGGUGGUAAUCUGUUGGUUCAGUUUUCCUGUAGAAUCACUCUGCUCUUUUUAACCUGCUGUGUUGGGUUGAG